AUGACAACAAAUCCUCAUUCAAGAAAAAGUUCAGUGGCACAUACAUCAACCAUCGGUGGAUUAGUACCGAUCAAUACUCCAAGCAAACAUGAUGAACAACAUGAUAAUAUCGAAGAAAAGCCUGAUAUUGACCAAGAAAUUGAUCCAAAUGUUUAUGUUGUUCAACCAUUUAAACAAGCAUCGAAGCCAAAAGAUCUGAUCGAAAGAAAAAAAGAGUUAAUCAAUCCAAGUGAACAAUUAUUGAAUUCCACAAUUGAAGUUAUCAAUCAUUUUAGUCUUUGCUAUGAAAAAGUAAAACAACAACUUGAAACUGAACAAACAAUUGAAAAAAAUAAACAAGAAAAACAACAGAAAAAGAAAGUUGCAAAACAAGCGAGACUUCGACCAUUAAUUGUUCAUCAAGAUCAAAAUGAUUUUGCAAAUCAACAACAAACGUUUAUUGAUGAAUCUGUUGGAAUUUCACCGCGUUCAAAAGGAAUUGAGAAAAAUGGUGUUAAUUUGAAAGAAGUUUAUCGAAAUAAACUUUUUAUGUUACGAAAAUUACGACCGGAAUUAUUCGAUACGAAUGGAAAACUUUUGUCGAAAAAACAUUCAAAUUCAAUUGAAAAUAAUUCUUCUCUUACACAACAAAAUUCAGAUGACGAACAGACAAUGAUAAGUGGAUUGUUAAAAGAAAAUGAUGAAAAAUGUGCUUCGUUAGUAUCACAUGUGACAGAAACAUCAUCAAUUAGUGAAAUCAUCCGAGAGAAUUCGGUUUUAAAAAGAAUUGAUAUUAAAACAAAACGUAAUUUUAUUGAAUGA